GUUGCUACAUUUAGCUUAAUAUAUGAGCUCCUAAACCCCCAUCCUACUUCCAUCACACUUCUUGGAAAAAGUCCCGCGAUGGGCAUUCAGCAGAAAAGCAGAGGAAGAGGCGUUUCGGCUCUAAAGGUGACUGAAGACAUCACCUACUUACGCCUCUUUUUCCUCCGCAAGGUUGUGAGAGGGAAGACCCACAUCUCCUAGAAGAGUUGAGCUUCACUCCCUUUGCUCGUGGCGGGCUAAUCUCUCGGUUUCACCCACGACCAGGUGACAGCACAGCACUCUUUGUCAGACCGGUAACAUUUCGAGCCGCCUUCACCGCGCUGCUGCCCGGCCCCCGCUGCGGCACCGGGCAGCGCUUCUUUCCAGCGAAACUGGAAAGCGACCCCGCGGCCCCUGCGCGGGUCACCGCACCCGGGAACAGGAAGGGGCGGUGCGGCGCGGAGAGGAGCGGAGCUCCCGCCGAGCGCCCCUGCCAGGAGGUUUUCCAGACUGAGUUUUCUAUGUAUUUACUCACUUAUCAAGAGAGAUUACUCAGUGAUGAAUUAGGUUCAGAAGAUUUAAAAGUGCAAGGUGUAACUCUGGAGUUCAAAAGACUGCCUCUGAGUCAGCUUUCCACCUGGCAAGACUUGCAUAUGAUUCAUGGGAUGAUGACAUACUUGCAAUGAACUAGGGAGGAUGAUAGGAGAGGGAGAGCAGCUACACAUUUUGAUGCCAUUCUGGAAUAUUGCUGGAAAUGCAGUAGCCUCCUGCUUCUGGCUGCUUUACAUCAUGGGAAUUUUCUGACUGUAAAUCUCAGAGUAGUCUCUUAAAACACUUUCAGUACAAGCAAGAACUUGAAACUUCAGUUUCAUUUUUUUUGGAAAAGAAGUGAGAAGUAACUCAAGAAAAUGACUCUGAUGAUUUUUUUUUCCAUCUUUAUAAUUCAAUGUGCUACUGAGAAGCUGUGUCCACUUCGUACCUCCAUUGAUGUAUUGGAAGGGGAAUAUUUUUUCCUUUGUUAUCUUGAGUCAAGGCAAGAACAUUUUCAGGAAGAAGCAUACACAAUAAACUGGUACAAAGAAAACACUGGAAAGCAGCAACUGAUAAAGCAAACACACAGAAAUGUUUCCCAAAAGAAUUUUCUGGAGUUCUGGCCAGCUGAACUCACUGACUCUGGGAGUUACUCUGUCACUCACAGCAAUGGAAAACAAAAUUUCACAAUUCAAAAGUGGACCUUGAAUGUACUUGAAAGAAAUAAAAGCAGCUGUUUCAACAGAAAUCAUUUAACCACAGAAACUAAAAAUGCUGGAACUGGUUAUUCACUGAAAUGCAGUGAUUUGUCUGUCAAUGAAAAUGACAGCAUAACAUGGUACAAGGACUGUAAGAACUAUGAAAAUGAAACAGAGCGGGAACUGGAUUUUAAAACCUUAACAGUACAACACUCCGGGAUAUAUACCUGUAAGAUUUUAAUCCAUCAUGAAGGAAAGAUAUACCACAGCACAAGUACAAUUAAGUUGGUAGUGGAAGAAGAUGCACCAGAGGCUGUGACUUUGGAGAUAGUCGGACGCAAUGAAGAAAUUGAAACAGAAAUAGGUAAGGAAGAAAUACUCAAUUGCACAGGUUUCUUAGGUUAUUAUAUGCAAGAAGAUGCCAGCCUCUACUGGUUAAUUAAUCAAAUGUUUCCAGAAAAAUGCUUGGGUAUCCCUGAGAAUGAACCUUCAAUAUGUGAAGAAGAGUUCAAAAACUUACAGCUGGGAAACAAGUUCUAUGUCACAAGGCUACUACGGAUUAAAAAAGUAACAGAUGAGGACAUGCAUCAUAAUUUCACCUGCAUGUUGCAAGCUGAUGAUAGAACACAAAUAAAAAUAGUGAAACUGAAGAAAGGGAACACCAGAGAUCUGCCUGUGUACAUGUUUACAACUGGAAUGGUCCUUGCUGUGCUAUUUCUGUGUGUUGCUGUAGCUGCAGUGUUUGUCUGUGUCAUGUUUAGAGUCGACUUAGUUCUAUUUUACAGGAACAUAUGCAAAAGAGACGACACUGCUGGAGAUGGAAAAGAAUAUGAUGCAUUUGUGUCUUACCUGAAGGACUGCAUUUCUCCUAGUGAAGAAGAGAGGGAAUUUGCUUUGAAGAUUUUACCCACAAUAUUAGAAGAAAACUUUGGAUACAAGUUGUGUGUAUUUGAGAGGGAUAUAUCCCCUGGAGGAGCGGUUGUUGAUGAUAUCCAUUCAUUCAUUGACAAAAGCAGAAGAUUAAUCAUUAUACUGAGCCAGAACUAUGUUUCUGACAGAGCCAUAUAUGAACUUGAGAGUGGACUGCAUAAAGCCCUAGUUGAAAGGAAAACUAAGAUCAUAUUAAUUGAAUAUAUGCCUAUAAGUGACUACAAUUUCUUGCCAGAAUCACUGUCUCUUUUGCCAUCAAAGACGGUUGUGAAGUGGAAAAAAGAUAAAUCUCUUCCUGUGAAUUCCAGAUUUUGGAAGAACCUUCGGUACCUGAUGCCAGCGAAACCUACCAAGACAAACACCAAAGGGCACUAUAAUAAUCUUGAUCUAGGCUCAGAAGGGCCUCAAACACGGACUGAGGGCUGUGACUUUAAUGCAUUCGUAUAACAGUUCUGGAGACAGAAGAUGCAGCAAAAAACUGUGCUUUUUGCUAACUACUUGAAAACACAAUCUGCACACUUAUUUUGGGAAGAUAGUGUUCAUAAAAGGCCGAGUCUGAGAUUUGAGAAGAAUGUAGAAACCAUUACAGUGGCUAAGACGAUGUUAACCCUAAUGCUAAAUGCUGUCCCAGAGAGUUUCCUCAGCAAUCUGCACAAGGAGCAGAAAUUUGAUUCUGCUUAGGACUUAUAGCACAAAGCCCAAUGCAAAACAUUUUGAUUUCACAUUUUCUAAUAAUGUGGAAUGAUACUAGUUAUACUUGCAUACUUUUUGAGGCCCCUUCAAUAAAUAUAUCAGUACUUUCAAAGUAUUAUUAUUGUGAUGUUGUUGGUUUUGUAUUUUGGUAUUUCCUAAGGACCCUGCUUGGGAGUAAACCCAAACAGCCCCCGCCCCAGAGAGCCUGGUAUGCAGGCUUUGGGCAGUGUCAAGUAGAAGAAUCAAGUGAAAACAGAGAAAAGGGAGGUUAGAAAGAGUAAGGCAGAUUUGAUCAGGCUACCAUUAUUCACUACGGACUUGUACAUGUUCUAGACAAGUCAAGUGUGAGUGAUUCGGAGGAAUGGUAAAAACUGUUUCCAACUUUCUGUUCCACUGAGAAUACAGUAAAUGAUCAUUUUGGCAGGGAAAAGAGGUGGACGGGAUAGAGAUAAUAGUAUUUUGCUCAUGGACACCGAUAUCUACAUUGUACCCUGAGCUACCUUCAGCUGAGGGAUGUAAGGGAUUUACAUGAAAACAAGAUCUCUGGUAUGUACAUAUACUCUUAAGACUUUGGAACAUUUGUACUUAGUAUUAUUUUCAAAAACAAAGUUAGAAAUGCCAUUCAAAGCCAUGGUAAACCUUCCUUAUUAUUACCUGCUUGACAGAAGAUACAAGUCUGACAAAAAUUCCUGGAUAAAAUGGAAUGGUAUUUCCUACUAAUAUGAAUGGGGAGAAAUCAAUGGAGAAUCAUUUUGGAAGAUCUUCUGUCACUUUGCUAGGAGACCACCAAGGCUCAGCCCAGUUUCAUCAUCAUCUUGCAUUCAACUAAUGCUAGUUCUGAGGAGACUUCUCUUUGACACGGAUAAUUAAUCUGUACAGCUGUAGUGGAGGAGCUCCAUUACUUCCUCAGUGCACUUGAGAACACAUCUAGAAUGCUGAGUAUUAUGGCAAUGACAUGUCUCAGGAUUGAUGAGAAUGAAAUACCUUGUUGUUUGUCAAAUAUCCCGUAAUCAAGCAUGGAUUCUGACAGUAGUUCAGGUAAAAGUAAAGGCUAAAUGUGGAUUUACAAAACGGAGACAACACAGUUGCCAGGUUAACAUGCAGAGGAAAAGGAACAAAUAAAUAAAGCACUCAUCUAUGGUGUCCUUCAGAUCAGCUCCAAGAGGUCUCUCUCUUUCUGUCAGGCAACUAAAGAGCUAUUAAAAUGUGAUUCUUAGGCAAAAGCCAUUCUCUGGCUUAAGCUUUUACUGCAGAGAUUUUCUGCUCUGUAGAUAUGUGUCUUUAUAUUUCCAAAUCUUUCCCAAGGUUCUUUUCUUCUCUACCAGUGUUUCUUGUAACUUGUAAUCACAGGUCACUUUUAACAGUUUUUUUGCAGGACUAAUGAUUGCCUCUACUUCAGAAAUGCCAUUGGACAUACUGGGCACAUCCAUUUCUUGGCCAGACAGCUGACAGAAAAGUUAGUAAUUUUCCUGGUUCUUAACUGAGGCUUUAAACUUCCUCCUCAGCCACAUAGUCUUUCACAUGCUGUCAUCAAUGUACUUUCUAACAAUAUGAGUGUCAAGUGUAGUCUGCAUGUGAAUACAGAUGAUAGUGCACAUGGUUUGUUAAAAGCUCUGGACUGAGCCUAUGCUCUAGGAGGAUCAGCUACUAUAAAUUGAGGUUGAAUUUGCCAUGAAUGCUCCCUCACUUUAGCUUGGAGAGAUGAUGUUACUGCAUGUACCUGCUCUAACUCAGGAAGCUGUACCCUGAAGAUUGAGAGACCAUGGGGAAUUUGACCACGACGAGAUUUUACACAGUACCAGAGUACUAUACAUAAGGAAGGCUGAAAGCUAAACAGUAUUAACUCCAAAGUUGUUUGAAUACCAGAAAAAUAGGCAUUCAAAUGUAGUAUAUUGAACUACUCAAUAUCUGUGAAAGGGCAAGUAUUUUUGCACAGAGUGAUAUUGUGACACAGUCAUUUAAUCUCUAUAGUGGAUCAUCACUGCCCAUGCUGUGAUAAAGGGAAACAAGGGAAAUUAAGGAUAUGUAUGCUUAUAUUAACACCAGAUGUUGUUGUUAUUGCUCUUACAUACUGAAUUACUGACUUCAGUAAUUACUGACUUCAGUAAUUCAGGCUUGGAAAUGUCUGCUUUCUGUUUACCAGUGCCUAUAGAAAAGGAGCUGCUAAUGUGAAUUUUGUAAAUGGUAGUUGUGUCGAUUUGCCUGAUUAUGCACGCGUCAACUUAUAAGUGAAUUCACAUGAUUGUUUGAGGUAAUGGGACAUUCCUGAGAUUUAUAAUGCAUUUUUGUUCCAUUUUUGUACUUAAUAAAACUUUAUUUCCCCCUCUCCA